GAUUUCGCCGACGAUGGAAAAGCUAUGUAACUCACCGUUGUUCAUUUUAAAACUACUUCAUACGUGCCGCGAUAUUUUGGUUCAAAAAAAGACGAUUAUUUCUUGAGGAUAACAGUGAUGUGAUCUUUCUCCGUUCACAAUGCGGUCGGAAAAUGAAACCCGAAGUAGUUACGACACUCAAACAAAUCUUUCCCACAUCUCCGGCAAUUUGUUUGAAGAUGCCAGUAUAAAUUCACUAUUGAACCACGGCGGGAAUUACACUACAAACAUCGGACAAGUGCUCAAAGUGCUCGAAGAUUGGAGAAACAGAUUCAAUAUAACCGUUGUUAAAGAAUGCGAUGGAACAGAAUACUGCGCCGGGGAGUUCCGAGAUUUGAUAAUAGCAUACAACAGUAUUCACGGCUACGUCAGUUUGUUGGUCUGUCUUUUUGGUAGUCUCGCCAACGCUUUUAAUGUAGCCGUGCUGACGAGGCGAGAUCUCGCAGUGGCUCCCAUAAAUCGACUGCUAAAAUGGCUUGCAGUAGCUGACGUCUUCGUCAUGAUCGAGUAUGUUCCAUUCGCUAUCUACAGGUAUUUGUUGUUACCCGGUCAAGAAGACCGUCCGUACUCCUGGGCUGCAUAUAUGCUGUUUCAUAUGCACUUCACGCAGAUAUUCCAUACAGCGUCAAUACUGUUAACCUUGUCUCUGGCAGUUUGGCGAUAUCUUGCAAUCAAAUAUCCGGCUCACAGUCCAAUAUUAUGCACAGAUAGGCGAUGCACAGUGGCCAUAAUGUUGAGUUUUGUGCUUCCGUCUAUACUCUGCAUACCAUCGUACUUUGUCUUCACAAUCCAUAAAGACUUCUCAUACGACAGGAACGCCAACGUUUUCUCGAAAGUUUAUUUCGUAGAUUCCGAUUUCGACGGAUACCUCUAUCAGAUUAAUUUCUGGGUACACGCUGUCUUAAUCAAAUUACUGCCAUGCGUCAUUCUCACUAUAAUCAGCGCUUGGCUUAUCCGAGCUUUAUACAGAGCCAAUUAUAGGAAGAAGAUUCUCAAAGGGUACAACGCGUGUCCAGCUGAGACGAUUGUGAAUGGAAAAGGAAAUAUUUUCACUCGCAGAUCGACAAAACGGUCUAAGAUCGAAAGAAGAACCGACAGAACGACUAAGAUGUUAGUCGCUGUACUAUUAUUGUUUUUACUGACAGAGUUUCCCCAGGGUAUAUUAGGACUCCUGAGCGGAAUUUUGGGACGAUGCUUCUUUAAGCAUUGCUACUAUCUAUUUGGGGAGCUAAUGGACGCACUGGCCCUUCUCAACGGAGCAAUAAACUUCGUGUUAUACUGCUCAAUGUCAAGGCAAUUCCGAACCACAUUCGGGCAGAUGCUGAGAACGAGAUGCGCAAAGACCUACCGGGCUGGAUCCCAAACUGAACUGCAGACUACUUAUGUGUAACGACGGCGAAAGUUUGUUUACGUGUAAACAAACAUAAGUGAGGAUCUGAUAAAUUUCAAUACCGCUGUAGGCCAAGAACUAAUAAUUUAGGAUUGGGUGGUGAAAAAACAGAAGAAGAAAAAGAACAAUGAAAUUUGUUUGACACAAAAUAAGCGAUGCGAAAAUUUUGACGUGAAGUUACAGAUAUUUUAAGACAGAUAUCGGUAUAUUAUGGAUUAUUCGAAAACUACACAGAAGCAAGUCUUCUUUCCAAAUGCAAACGCUAAGUAAAUACGUGAAUUUGUUUACCUAAUUGUAGAAAAGUUCUCAAUCAUCAUGGAGUCAACAUCUCUCAUUUAAGAAAAAUGCUCGAUACUAUGUACGAGUGUUCAUUCAUUUUGGCGUCAAAUUUCAUAUGAUAACCUCACUUGAUUCAACUGUUUUAACGCUUCAUGCGAAGACAAUUUAUAUAACGAUAGUUUGGAUGAAGCCACUUAGUUAAUCGAAACUUUCCAAUAACUAGUAUAAAAUAUUUAGAAUGUUCUAGAUUAAGAUUCUUAAAUGCAUCAUUCAUCUCGCUUGGCCAAAGUGACGUAACAAAAACUACUCUAGUUUAAGAAAUCGCAAAUUAGAGACUUAGCGAGUUCUAUGAUAUUCAAAAUUUUUGUAAACAUGAAAAUAAAACAGGAAGCACGUUCACAGAUGGUCAUGAUCUUUUAGUAAUACAUUGGCAUAGUCAAACAUGAGUAAUGGUUAAGAUUUAAAUUUCCCACUGAAGUCAGAAAAAGAUAGUUUAAAAACUUUAACAAAUUUUAAGAGCUAGAGAAUAUAAUACAACCGAAUGAGUAUCGAGGGCUGAACAUACAAAAUGAAAUCAUUCAGAUGACUCUAAAAUUAAAUACAUAUACACACACAUGAUUGUUGAAAAGUUCGUUUAAAUACACGUUUAAUUGUAAAUAGCCAUUAGCCAUUAUAUAAAUAUAUAAUAUAAAUAUAAAUAAAUAAACAUUUACUAACAAUCACGCCACAUUAACUGGUCCCGUACUAAGUUCGUAAAGAACUUGUAAUACAGGUACCAGAUAACGGAAAUAAAUGUAAGAUUUUUAUUAUACACAUACACAUAUUUAAUAAACCUUUACUAAACCUUUAAUAAACCAUAACCCUGGAAAAGACAUUUUAAUAUUUAUCAUACACAUAUCUUCCCUUGGCGGGAUUCGAACCCGCGAUUCCCUUGUGUAGUGACCAUGUCACUUACCACUACACCAGACGGCCGUUAAUAAUAAGCCAUUUAGAAUAUACGUACAUAUGUACAUAUAUAUCGUUGUAGUCAACGGUCAUAUACAUUCAGAAACCACCUGCGAAAUGCAAAUUGCAUUUUCGUAAGAUGUACAAACUUUAAUUGUAGUUGGAAACGAUGAUAGUUGAAACUUACAAUCUUAUUUAGUUGUGCAAACUUCUGUAAUUAUUCGACUUUUAAGUAGAUUUAGCCGUUAGGAGUUUUACGUCCUGUAGAACAACUAAGUCAGCUAUAUGCUGCAUACUCUUUAGUAAAGAAAUGAUAAUGAUGUAAUGUUAAUUUAUAUGAUAAGACCAGAAUUUAUUAUUUUAAAAGUUGGCCCUUAGUUUUAUAUCAUAAUUAUUGGAAACAUGAAAACUUUCUUAUAACAUUGUUAUUUUGGCUAAAAAAAGUUGAGCAUCUCUAUUUUAUCUUUGUGUAAAAGACGCUUCAUUUAUGAUACGCAUGAAAAUAUUAUAUUGGCACCAAGUAAAACGCUGUGUAGCUAAUAAAUCUUAUCUAACGUAUUAUUAGAUUUACGAGCCUGUGUUAUUCACAGAAGUUUUAUGCUUCAAAGAUCUGAAACGAUCCCAACGGUUCGGUACGUUCACCUGGCUGAAAUAAAUACCUAAAUUUCAUUGUACGGCUCUUGUUUGAGCCGAAUGGUUUAAAAUUUCUUUUUUAAGCUUUCCCAUUAGGCCUUUCAUUCAAACGAGAAAUUUGGUUGUUUAUCAAAUAAAAAUGUCUAUAAAAACUUGCUUUUGAUAUUGUUAUGUAACAUAGUUUACCAUUAUUUAGAGUUGUUAAUGCCUAAGCGGACAUAUUUAAAUAGGUUAAAGUUAGAAAAAAAAAGGUUUUUAUAAAAAGAGGAUAACCCUCUAGCAUCGAUAUAAUUCAGCAAUGCACGUAUUUGAUAAAAACAUUACUUAUGGACUUUUACAGUGGUGUUGACAGUUAUUUUAAGCUUUACAUAGAUAACAUACAUACAUACAUAGAUAACAUUAGUCUACGAUUUCUAAAUAAAACGUAUAAUGUUACAUAGUGUUUAGAAUGUUUAGAGGUCGCUCUUCGUAUUACGGGUUUUAAGUGUGAAAUUGUUGUGUCAGAAUGCGAAAUUGAGAUAGCAUAUAAAUGAUUUAGUUUUAUCGAAGUAUGUAAAUACUACUUUUUAUGUAUUUCUGAAUUUCUGGCUGUAGAUUACAAUGUAACACACAUUUAGUAAUAAAAAGAAAAUACAUAUGUGAUUGUUCAAUUAAGUCUUAAGCCAACGCAGAUUUUGCAAAAUUAUUGUUUUUUUUACUGGUCUCACUGAAAUUUAAAGUGAAGAAAUCGUGUAUCAAAAUAUUUGUAAUAAUUUUUUUUUUUUGAAAAUAUAAAAUUUUUAUCUGUGUAAAGUUGCAGAAACGAUAAUAAUAAUAUUUUAUAACUUUUGUAUUACGAAGCACAAGUCGGGCCUCGUGUGGAGUAUUACUACCACUUAGGGCCAGGACCCCCAAAUACCAAGUACUUCCAUUUGAUUCCAUAUUGAAGAGGGUCGUUUGGAUUGUUGACAAUCCCAUUCUCACGAAACAUUUGGACCUUUUAAGGACAACAUCCAGUGGUAUACCAUUUAUAUAAAAAUCUUAUGACAAAACGUUGGAUCGAUAUUUACAUAAAACAAAUUUUUAUGUAAUAUGUAUGUCUAAAUUGUAAUUAUUUAA